AUGACCUCACUGAUUCCUCCCCACAGCCCCACUUUGCAGAUGGGAAAGCUGAGGCGUGAGAGGUUGCGUAACUCCGGGCCAGCCACACAGCGAGUGGACAGCCGCGGAGGGACUCGGGCAGCGCCCCUGCGCUAUCUCCCGGUGUCGUCCCCUCUCCGCUCCGGCCCGCGCUCCGCCUCUGUGAUCCCACCCCCACCACAGUUUUCCCUCCUGGGCGCUCUGGAUCUCUCCGCCCCCGGCUCCCGGUUUCCUUGUCAAACCUUCCUGCCUUGGCAGGGGCCCGAGUCCCCACCCCCUUCCUGCCCCCCGCCCCUCCGCGCCCCUCCUCGCCCCGCGAUCCGCGGCCUUCGGCUUCCGCGCCGCUCCCGCAGUCGGGCUGGGGCUCAGCGUAGGGACCCUCGCCCGGUCCUCCGCCGCCCAGUCCUCCCCGCCGACCCCAGCGGCCCCCACCCCAGGCCGGCGGAGAGACAGGGCCCGAGGCAGGCAUCUGCAAUGUCGCCACCUCUUCGUCCCUUCUUUCUCCUGGCCCUGGGCCUGGGGCUGGCUGGAACUCUCAAGCCCAAUGAUCCCAAUGCCUGCAGCUUCUGGGAAAGCUUUACCACCACCACCAAGGAGUCCCACUCCCGUCCCUUCAGCCUGCUUCCCUCAGAGCCCUGCGACCGGCCCUGGGAGGGCCCUGACGCCUGCCCCCAGCCCUUGGUUGUCUACCGGACCGUGUACCGUCAGGUGGUGAAGACAGACCACCGUCAGCGCCUGCGGUGCUGCAGUGGCUUCUACGAGAGCAAUGGGGCCUGUGUCCCGCUCUGUGUCCAGGAGUGUGUCCACGGCCGCUGUGUGGCGCCCAAUCAGUGCCAGUGUGUGCCAGGCUGGCGGGGCAAUGACUGCUCCAGUGAGUGUGCCCCAGGAGUGUGGGGGCCACAGUGUGACAAGCCCUGCAGCUGUGGCAACAGCAGCUCCUGUGAUCCCAAGAGUGGGGUAUGUUCUUGCCCCCCUGGCUUGCAGCCCCCAAACUGUCUUCAGUCUUGCCUUCCUGGCCAUUAUGGUCCUGCCUGUCAGUUCAGCUGUCAGUGCCAUGGGGCGCCCUGUGAUCCCCAGACUGGAGCCUGCUUCUGCCCCCCAGAGAGAACUGGGCCCAGCUGUGAUGUGUCCUGUCCUCAGGGCACUGCUGGCUUCUUCUGCCCCAGCACCUAUCCUUGUCACAACGGAGGUGUCCUCCUGGACCCCCAGGGCUCCUGCAGCUGCCCACCUGGCUGGAUGGGUACCAUCUGCUCCCUGCCCUGCCCAGAGGGCUUCCACGGACCCAAUUGCUACCAGGAAUGUCGCUGUCACAACAGAGGCCUCUGCGACAGAUUCACUGGGGAGUGUCACUGCACUCCGGGCUACAUAGGGGAUCGGUGCCGCGAGGAGUGCCCGGUGGGCCGCUUUGGGCAGGACUGUGCCGAGAAGUGUGACUGCGCCCCAGGCGCCAGCUGCUUCCCGAUCAACGGCGCGUGUCUGUGCGAACACGGCUUCACCGGGGACCGCUGCACUGAGCGCCUCUGCCCCGACGGCCUCUACGGCCUCAGCUGCCAGGCGUCCUGCACCUGCGACCCCGAGCACAGCCUCAGCUGUCACCCGAUGAACGGGGAGUGCUCGUGCCUGCCGGGCUGGUCGGGCCUCCACUGCAACGAGAGCUGCCCGCAGGACACGCACGGGCCCGGCUGCGAGGAGCACUGUCUCUGCCUGCACGGCGGCGUCUGCCAGGCCGACAGCGGCCUCUGCCGGGGCGCGCCGGGAUACACGGGUCCUCACUGCGCUAGCCGCUGUCCCCCGGACACGUACGGGGUCAACUGCUCCGCACGCUGUUCAUGUGAGAAUGCCAUCGCCUGCUCACCCAUCGACGGCACGUGCAUCUGCAAGGAAGGUUGGCAGCGUGGAAACUGCUCUGUGCCCUGCCCACCUGGAUCCUGGGGCUUUGGUUGCAAUGCCAGCUGUCAGUGUGCCCAUGAGGCAGCCUGUAGCCCCCAAACUGGAGCCUGUACCUGCACACCUGGAUGGCAUGGGGCCCACUGCCAGCUGCCCUGCCCAAAGGGGCAGUUUGGUGAAGGUUGUGCCAGUCGCUGUGACUGUGACCACUCUGAUGGCUGUGACCCUGUUCAUGGACACUGCCAGUGCCAGUCUGGCUGGAUGGGCACCCGCUGCCACCUGCCCUGCGCUGAGGGCUUCUGGGGAGCUAACUGCAGCAACACCUGCACCUGCAAAAAUGGGGGCACCUGCCUCCCUGAGAAUGGCAAUUGUGUGUGUGCACCUGGAUUCCGGGGUCCCUUCUGCCAGAGAUCCUGCCAGCCUGGCCGCUAUGGCAAACGCUGUGUGCCCUGCAAGUGUGCUAACCAUUCCUCCUGCCACCCCUCGGAUGGGACCUGCUACUGCCUGGCUGGCUGGACAGGCCCUGACUGCUCCCAACCAUGUUCCCCAGGACACUGGGGAGCCAACUGUGCCCAGCUCUGUCAAUGUCGCCACGGUGGGACCUGCCACCCACAAGACGGGAGCUGUUUCUGCCCCCCAGGCUGGACUGGACACCACUGCUUGGAAGGCUGCCCUCCAGGCAUGUUUGGGGCCAACUGCUCCCAGUCAUGCCAGUGUGGUCCUGGAGAGAGGUGCCACCCAGAGACUGGAGCCUGUGUGUGUCCCCCAGGGCACAGUGGUGCAACCUGUAGGAUCGGAAGCCAGGAGCCCUUCACCAUGAUGCCUAUCUCUCCAGUGGCCUAUAACUCGCUGGGCACACUGAUUGGCAUCGCAGUGCUGGGGUCCCUUGUUGUGGCCCUAGUGGCAUUAUUCAUUGGCUACCGCUAUUGGCAAAAAGGCAAGGAACACCAACACCUGGCAGUGGCCUACAGCAGCGGGCGACUGGACAGCUCUGAGUAUGUCAUGCCAGAUGUCCCUCCGAGCUACAGUCACUACUACUCCAAUCCCAGCUACCACACCCUGUCGCAGUGCUCUCCUAAUCCCCCACCCCCUAACAAGGUUCCAGGCAGUCAGCUCUUUGCCAGCCUCCAGGCCCCUGAGCAUCCAGGUGGAGCCCACGGACAUGAUAACCACACCACCUUGCCUGCUGACUGGAAGCACCGCCGGGAGCCCCCUCCAGGGCCUCUGGACAGGGGUAGCAGCCGCCUGGACCGCAGCUACAGCUACAGCUGCAGCAAUAGUAAUGGCCCCGGUCCGUUCUAUAAUAAAGGGCCCAUCUCUGAAGAGGGGUUGGGCACCAGCGUGGCUUCCCUGAGCAGUGAGAACCCUUAUGCCACCAUCCGGGACUUGCCUAGCCUGCUAGGGGGGCCCCGGGAGAGCAGCUAUGUGGAGAUGAAAGGCCCACCCUCAGGAUCACCCCCCAGGCAGCCUCGUCAGCUCCGGGACAGCCAGAGGCGGCGGGACCCUCAGUCGCAGAGAGACAGUGGUACCUAUGAGCAGCCCAGCCCCCUGAUCCAUGACCGAGACUCUGUGGGCUCCCAGCCCCCCUUGCCUCCAGGACUGCCCCCUGGCCACUAUGACUCACCCAAGAACAGCCACAUCCCUGGACACUAUGACUUGCCUCCAGUACGGCAUCCCCCAUCACCCCCACUUCGGCACCAGGACCGUUGAGGACCCAAGAUGGUGUGGCAGAGGCCAGCAUACCUGGACCUUGCUGCCCAAGGCUGGGGACAGAGCCUGGUGUAUCCUGCCAGGAGCAGGGUGUGGACCAGUAGGCUGUGAAUGUGAACACAUUUAAUGAAGGAAGUGAAUGGAGAGAUGGGAGCCCAACUCUGUUUCCAUCACGGAAGACACUGGUCAACAGGAUGCCUGGUCCCCUUUCUCCAGCCCACUGCUCCACAAGGCCCUUAGGGUCCUGUAUACAUAAUUUGGUGGGCUGAGUGUUGCUGGAUGACUCUGGUUUCAGACUGAUUUUAAAAAUGCGUAUUGGGUAUCUUUUGUGUGUGUGUGUGUGUGUGUGUGUGUG